GGGGAGGUCAGGGCUGGGUCUGCCCGGACCCGGCGCCAUGGGCCGCGGGCUCUGGGGGCUGCGGGGGCUGCUGCUGCUGCUGUGCGGGGCGGGAGCGGCUGCCCCGGCCGUCCCCGCCGCCCCGCUGCGGUGUAACGUGAGCCUGGACAGCCCCGCCGAGCAGCGCUGGCUGCCCGUGCUGCGGCGCUUCGACCCCGCCUUUCUGCGCGCCGCUGUCGCACGGGUCAUCGAUGUGACUGUACCAAAAUGGGUCCACCAGGUUAUUCGGCCGAUAGCAGCAGAAUUGGAGCUCUUUAUGCCGCAGCCCUUUGCGGGGGAAAUUCUGGGGAUGUGCAGAGCCCUGGGAAUAAGCCUUGGAGAUGGAGUCCUGCUGAACUUUGCCUAUGAAUCUACUGCGUUCUGCACUAGUAUUGUUGCUCAGGAUGACAGAGGAAACAUUUACCAUGGUCGGAACCUGGAUUAUGAUUUUGUUGACAUAUUAAGCAAGAUCACCAUUGAUGUGCAGUUUAUAAGAAGUGGGCAGAUAGCAUAUCAAGGCACCACAUUUCUUGGCUAUGUAGGAUUAUGGACCGGACAAAGUCCGCACAAGUUCACAAUCUCUGGUGAUGAACGAGCUGGUGGUAGAUGGUGGGAAAACGCAGUAGCUGCUUUUCUGAAUCGGAACUAUCCUGUCAGCUGGCUUGUCCGAGAUACCCUGAGCAGAGCAGAGGACUUUCAGUCAGCUGUUCUCAGACUAGCGGGGAUUCCCAUCAUUGCUGAAGUUUACUAUAUUGUAGGAGGUGUCUCACCCAAAGAAGGCAUGGUCAUAACCAGGAACAGAAGAGGGCCAGCAGACCUCUGGCCUCUCGAUCCUUUAGGUGGAGCAUGGUUUCGUGUAGAGACCAACUAUGACCACUGGACUACCCCUCCUCCCUUUGAUGAUCGAAGAACUGCUGCCAUCAGAGCUCUCAAUGCUACUGGACAGCAGAACAUCAAUUUUGAUACACUCUUUAAGGUGUUGUCAGUGAAGCCAGUCUUAAACAAUAACACUGUGUAUACCACAGUAAUGAGCGCUGCACUUCCAGAUAAGUACCAGACAUGGAUCAGAAGGGAGAAGUAAGGAGGUAUAAACUGAGUGAAAUGCUGAAGCUUUCCAAGACUGCCUAUGCUUUUAAAGACACUUUCACAAGCAGUACAGUUGUUUUGGGUUAUUAAUUAUGUGAACCCUUCAGGAAAUAACUUGUUAAUUCUUUGAAAUAUUGCAGAUUAUACUAUUAAUUAACUGUAAUGGAAGUGUGAUUUUUAUUGUAAUUACACUGAUGUUCUAGUAGAUGUUGAUGUUUUAAAAAUUGCUUUUACUGCUUUUGGAAAGAGUCGUGCGACUUGAAUGUACUUUAAUGUGCUGAUUAAAAAAAAGUUGUUGGUGGUCUGCAGGUCUGAAUAUAAUUAAAUAAAAAUAUGUAGAUGAUUGAUUUAUGAA